GAAGUCAAUAUGUGCAAAUGCAAUGGGAAACGGUCAGUCACGUAAAGUCCAUCAAACGGAUUGGAACAUGUACAUUCUAACGAUAAUCUGCCUGAGCCUGGGCCUUGUGGUCGCCCUCCUCAGCCUCGCCAUGCUGCUGCUGAGCCGCAAAUCGAUGCUCAUCUUUGGCAAAUACCCCUGCAAGGGUAUCUUCUAUUGGCUGAAGUACGGCAUCGCGCUGCUGGUGCUGCGUCACCUGCGCUAUCGCAUCUACAAGCGGAACGAGGAGCUGCUCAGUUCGUCGGCGCAUCUGGCCACCUUGGAUCGCCCGCAGCCGCUGACGAGUGAUCCCAAGAGCUACGAUGUGGUCAGCUUUAUGGCGGCAAAUGCAGCGGGCCAAAAGCUGAUGGUAACGCUGGAACGACGUCGCCUGGGUGUGCUCAAGGCAGCGCUCUAUUUGUGGCUGCCCGGCGAGGGUUUAUACAGUUCGCCAAAGCUGCCGGAUAUGGUGCACUUUACCACCGAUGGCAAGGAGGAGAGCAAUGAGUUCAAAGGCGCUGGCUUUCACAUUUACCCAGAGCAAUCCAUGCGCAGCUGGCGCCUCAAAUACGACGGCAGGUUGGUCAAGCAAGAGAAGGAGCAACUGUUGGAUGUGCAGCUGGAUCUGAGUUUCACCAGCACAGCGGAUCACUUCAAUUACAAUCGGGACUUGAGCUCAUCCCUGAUUGCGGACUCGAUAGCACGGGAAGCGUGGAACGAUAGCUUCUACAGCAUGCUGAAGAGCGUGGGACACAUUGUGGAGAAGCGCACACAUUACGAGCAGAAUGGCGAACUUGCUGGCAACAUUGUGCUCGGUGAGCGUCGCUUGGCGUUGGAGUUGCGCGGCUUUCGGGAUCGCAGCUUCGGCACCGAACGUUGCCUCAGCACGAUCAAUCGCUAUGUGUACUUUGCCCUGUUGCUGGACGACGGCAGCAGCAUGAUUGUGGGCAACCUCAGUCAACCCUCGUUCUUUUUGUCCUCCCUGAAGGUGGGCUAUGUGCGCACCCCCAGCGGCAACUAUCAACCGAUCACUGCCAGCAACUUUGAGCUGUACUCCUACGGGGAGCGUGGGACUCCGCCACAGCAUCAGAACUUCAUUGUUUACACCGCGGAACAGCAGUACCUCGUGCAGAUUCGUGUGGAGCACAGCGCUGUGCGUUUUGUGGGUGGCGAUUGGGAGUCCAAGGUGUACAAUCAGUUUGUCGCCUGCACUGUCUUCACUGGCAUUCCGGGCCAGGGACAUGCCGAGUACCUGUAUCGCCACAACGAGGGACGACCGGAGACGGUGGCUGCCCAGGAUCCCAAGUGGUAUCAGCGCAUCAAGCGCUUUGAGCGGAGUCUCAGCAACAUGGAUUUGGUCAACGAGACGGAGGAGUUUAUAUUCUAAUUUAUGCUUUAUACUUUAC